GGGAUACCGCAAAGGAAAGUUGACUCCAACACAAACAUGGCGCUUGUUCCACUGAGCAGGAGAACAGCACUCCAAAGACAGUUUGAAGUGCUUGCUGACUUGCUAUUCCCAGUUGACAAUGCAUGUGAAGUUCGCCGUAUGCCUGGGUUUGAGGCUAACCAGACCUCGAAUCAGCUACUAUCUCUCCCCAUUCGCAUACCGAUUAAAGUUUGCUCUAUACUAGAACUAUCAUUGAAAGAGCGUGCUAUUCGUCAAUCAGUGGUAAGGAAAUCCCCUUCAGGUACAAGACGUAAUUCAAAGGAUUAUGACAUGGGGAGACUGCAGGCAUUGUUGCCAAGAUGUCUCAGUCUGUAA